UGAAAAAUCGCCAGUUUGCCGUGGCAAGCCGAAGCCUGAGGUUGUGUCGUCGUGGUGGCUUAAGCUUUGAUUUAUCUUCACAUUUAUUCAUCGGGUUUGUCUACAGCAGCUCCGUAAUUUCGCGCUCAGUUCGUCUGCAGAAGUCAGCAGAAGCGGUUCAGAAUCGCAGUUUCUGUUUCGGCCUGAAAAGUGCUGUGCCUGUGGAGCAUAUGAAAUGAACGAGUCAAAAAAAUAAGUGCAAAAAGAUAUAUAAACGGGAAUUGUGAAAGUGAAGUGCGAAAAUCGAAAUGCGCCAAAGCAAACGCUCCAACGAAUUGUGGAAUCAAUACCAGUACCAGUACCAGAACCGAAACCGAAACCAAAACCGAGACCAAAGUCAAGGAUCCAGCGAAGCAGUCCGUCGUGCGACGAUGGGGCGGAACAAAGGAGUCGCCGCCGGAUCAGGAGCAGUCAACUGUGGCCUGUUGAUGCUCCUGCUCCUCCUCCAGCUGGUGGGUGAGCGCCUGGCGACGCCAUCGCCGUCCUCCAUGCAGGCGCCACAGAAACGAGGUGGCAGUGGCAGCGGUGGAGGCAGUGGCGGCGGAGGAGGCGGCGGCGGGGGCGGUGGGAGUGGCAGCUCGUCGGACGCGUCGCGGGACCACUGCAACAAGACGGUGGACAUUUUCGAGGACAUCAGCUCGCCGGAGGUCAGCAACCAGAACGUGGGCCGCCCGCUGACCUGCUGGUACCGCUUUAGAACGCUGAAGGGGGCGCCUCGGGACUUUGUGCUGCGCCUGCGGUUCAAAAAGUUCAAAGUGGGUCAGCUGCUGAAUGCCACCCACUGCGAGGGCGGUUAUUUGCAGAUUGUUGAUGGCAACGCCAAGACGGAUGUCUCCAAUCGCAGGGAGCCCGGAAUGUUCUGCGGGGAGGCGGAGCAGCCUCAGACAUUCAUCAGCGAGACCAGCUACGUGAAGGUGCUCUUCCACACGGACAACUUUACGGAUCAGACCUACUUCACAUUCGAUUCACGCGCCGAACAACAAACCGAAGUCUAUCUGCGAUACGGCCAACAUCCGGAAUUAUAUCCAAAUCGUCGCGGCGAAGUUGUCCAAGGAUCCUACUGCGAACGGGAGUAUCGGGAUUGUCGCCUCCAGACCUGCUAUGUUCAAUCGCCCGCAUAUCCUGGCCUUUAUCCUCGGGCCCUGAAUUGUCGCUAUAAGUUGCACACCCGCCAGCCAUACAUUAAAUUGUAUCUGCAGAACGAACAGUUUGCAGUGGAUGGACAGAGGUGUGAGAACGUGAUGACCUGUCCGAUCAGGCCGAUUGGAUCUGGUAACGAGCACUGUCCCUACGACUGGCUGGCGGUCUACGAUGGCCGCGACGAGCACUCGCCGCUGAUAGGAAAGUUCUGCGGCCUGGGCAAGUUCCCGUUCAGCAUUAUUGGCACCUCGCAAUACAUGUAUGUGGAGUUUGUGACCUCGCCGGCGGGUCCGCUGCUCAACACGGGCUUCCAUUUCAACGUUGGCAACUGGCCAGGACAUGUGGAGACGGCCGGGAUCAAGCACGGCGUCUGCGACUGGCUACUGAGCUCCGACUCGCUCAAGGACAGCAGCGCCAGCGAGGGCAUCUUCCUCAGCAUCGCCCACUGGUAUCCGCCGAACACGUCCUGCAGCUACCACAUCAAAGGACAUGUCGGCGAAAUUGUGCGCCUUUAUUUCCCCAGUUUCCGCAUCAAUCGCAUUGAAUCUCCGAUCUUGAAGUACGAAGGCGACUGCGGGGAGUCCCUGACGAUCUACGACUCAGAUCACGCCGAUCCCGCGCGUAUCAUAAAGACCUUCUGCGAUACCUUCUCGCGACCCAUGGAGAAAGUGGACUUUGUGAGCACCAGUCCCUCGCUGUACGUUCAGUUCGACUCGAAGACGGGCAGUUACAGUGGCAGCUCACUGUACUACUGGGCGCACUAUGAUUUCUUCAACAACACCCGUUUCGGGGAUCCAGUGCCAAACACUCUGUGCGACGAGGUGAUGUACGCCUGGAAGCAUCCAGGUGGUCGUCUUCGAUCGCCCCUGAAUUCGCUGAUUUUCAAGCGAACCGGCGGCAGUGAUGUCCGCUGCCAGUAUAAGUUUGUGACCGAUCGACGGCUGUAUGCCAGAGCUAUAAUCGAGGUGAAUGCGGUGUCCUUCAAGGAACUGCCCUACAACAGUAAUGCCUGCACUCGGUGCCACGAGGAGCGCGUGGAUAAGCUGGUGAUUUGGGAGGAGCGGGAUAAGUACCAGAACAACCUGGCCUGCUUCUGCGACAAUAUCCCGAGGGCCGUGAGAGUCAUUUCGUCGGCGGACCAGAUGAACCUCGAGAUGAUUGUGCAGGGCCAGCAUGCCAUUACGUCCUAUUUCAAGAACCCGAAUCCCCUGUUCGAGGCCACCUAUGAGUUUGCCCACGGUCCGUUGUGUGGGCCCAUCACCCUGGGACCCUCGCCGGACGGUGAACUGGUCUUUCCGUACAAGAAGGCUUUGGCCAUGGUGUCGGGACCCAUGGCCCCGCCUGAGCAUCAUUACCGCCGGGAGAAGUGCAUCUGGGAACUGAAGGUGGCCGCCCAGCGGGACUUGUGGCUGAAUCUGGAGAAAGCCCGAUUUGCGGACCGCAGCUGUGAGAGUGCCAAGAUCGAGGUCUAUUUGGCCGGACGCCUGGAACCCCGCUUUGUGGUCUGCCCGGAGAACAUAUCGCUGGCCAGGGACUUGCCCAUACUGACCACAGCGGAACUGGGAGCCACGGGCGCCGAUCAGGAACCCCUGCCCGUGCUCAUCCAAUACACGGGAGAUGGCCAGCCGGGCCGCAACCUCUUCCGGCUGGUUUGGACGGAACUCUUCCACCUGCCCCGCAAUCCCGACGGCAGCUUGGCUGCCUCACUCCUCCAGGAUGGCGGCUGCGACUUCCGAUGUCCCGGCGACACCGACGUCUGCAUUCCAAAGCAUUUGAUCUGCAAUGGCAUAGCCAACUGUCCGAAUGUGACGCACACCUCGACCUUGUCGCAACUUACGCGACAUAUCGAGUGGAAUCUGGAGCAGCUGGGACUACUCCAUCACGCUGGCGAGUACCAGCAGUUGGUGUUGCAUGACGAGUCACCCGAGAUCUGUCUCAAGCACGAUCUCAGCGAGCUGCCAUACGGGAAGUUGGCUUUGAUUACCCUGGGACUGUGUCUCAUGUUCGCCCUGCUUUUCGCGAUUCUAAGACGGAUGUGCAGGAGUUCGUCUAAGCAGCAGGGAAGGCAUCACCUGCAGGAGGACUACUAAGAAUCACUAAGAGACCAUUUCAGGAUGGUUUCUUUUUGGCACAUUUUUUACUCCAAGAAGAGUUUUGUGUGACUUUAUUUAACCAGCUUUGAGAUAUUCUCAAUUAAAACUAUUAGUUUAUUCUUUUAAAUGUCUUUUUAUGUUUCAUUUCAUAACUUUUUUAGAGUAAAAUAUAUGGAUUUAUUCCAAUAAUUUUAUUUGGUGAAAAAAUCUCAUUUUGAAAAGAUCCCCAUUACUGAAAUAUUAGGUUUUUUCUAAUUUCAAGUAGCUCGAAGAAUUUUAAAAUACAUUUGGGUGCACUGCCAAAAGCCUUUAGUUUGACGCAAAAAUAUUGAAAAAUGAUUAUGAUCCCCCCCAAUAACUAUGUAAGUAGCUCUGCCCAGUCGAGUCUAUAACUUUCGCUCUACGUGACAUCUAAUGAAUAUUAAUUGAAAAUAAUUGUACGAUAAAAACUAAAAAGAGCCCCUCAAACAUAUAAAUGUUUAAAAAACACACUCACACAAGGGAAAGAAAUUUAAACUGCCCUGAAUAAAUUAAUUAAAGCAUGAAAAAUUGUCACGUGAUAAUUGUUGAAAUGAAAAAACGGAAUACUUUAAAAGGCAUAAAGAAACUAGAUUUUAAUUAAGGUAGACAGGUAAAAUGACAAAACCAAAAUAAAGCCAAAAUGAAAAUUACGAUUUAAUUCAAAUUAAUAGGAGUAAUAAUAAUAAACAAUUGUUGGUGGUUUUUAUUAGUUAAUAUAUCAAUAAAAUACAAUACGAAUAUAUUGUACUAUUGUUGGCAAAUUGUCAAGCAAAACCAGUCGUAUAUAGAUACAUACAUACAUGCAUAUGUAUAUAAUGUACGAUAUACAAUAUAUAGGGUAUAUUUUUUGCACAUAGAUUUACCUAGACCAUAAUUGAUAACGAACUCCCCCAUAAAUUCCACAAAUUGUGGCAGGAAUUUUAAAAAG